AUGACCGAGGCUCCCUAUGUACCGCUAUAUGACGAAAACCACGACUACAUAAACGAAGACCAUAUCCAUGAAUUCUCGAAGGCCCUCAUCUGGGAUGAAGACGAUCUGGAACUCCCGAGCGGAUAUUCCACUGGAUACCUGCUGCCCAAGCUGCCGGCGGCGCUGAGUUUAGCCAAUGGGGACGAGGUUGCCGAGAACGAAGCCGAGGUCUUGGAAAGAGCAAACCUCCAAUUGAACUCGGCUGUAUUGUCGCCAGUCGAAGUUCCAAGCGAACAUAGAUAUUCCGAGGAUGGAAAUGCUGCAUUACCCGUUAGACCACAUAAAAUCACCUCCAAAAGCGACUGGUUUCCUUUGGGAAAGGAAUCGGAGGUGGAGAUAAAGAGUAAGAGUAAGAGCAGCGCUCGGAAGCUGUCAUCGGCCAAGGUGCUGACCACCGAGAAGCUCAGCAACGAAUUCAGACUGUCGCUGUCGUACUUUUUCUUCCGCUGGCCGCUUCUACUUUUGGUUGGACUCUGGGUCUCAUUCCUAGCCUUGGUGUAUGUCUUUGUGCGGGCCUACGUGGCUCUCCUGGAAUAUUUGUUCACAUGGACAGGCGAGCGGAAAAGACUCCGUGAUAAACUACGUCAAUGUAAAACAUACGAUGAAUGGGUUGAGAAUGCCAUCAUUUUAGACAAGUUCCUAGGACUUGACAAAUGGUCCGAGAUCCCAUCGUUCUCCUACUACGAUCACAAAACCAUCCAGAAGACCAUUCGUAGAUUGCGCAGUCUUAGAAUUCAAAACAAUGUUCCAGACCUUAUGGUGUUUUUGCAGGGCUGCCUCAAGAAAAACUUUGCUGGCAUUGAAAAUAGACAACUCUAUUCCCACCGCUACUACGGCACCAAAAAUCUUGUCAAUGACUAUAUUGAGGAAGUUGUCAAAUGCAUAGACUGCGUCGCAGACUCAAAGGACCAGGUAUCACCAAAGACGAAGAAAAAGUUCUUCAAGACUGUGCUGAAGAACUACGGAAAGUCUGCCUUAUGUCUUAGUGGAGGCGCUUGUUUUGCAUACACUCAUUUUGGAAUCGUUAAAGCGCUCUUAGACAACGACCUUCUUCCCAGCAUCAUCUCGGGCACCUCUGGAGGUGGUCUCAUUGCCGCCUUAGCUUGUACUCGCACAGAUGAGGAAUUAAAGAAACUCUUGGUUCCUCAGCUAGCACGCAAAAUCACAGCAUGCGAGGACCCAUGGCAUGUGUGGCUACCUAGGUUUUGGCGGACAGGAGCAAGGUUCGAUGCUGUUUCAUGGGCACGUAAGUCCAAUUUCUUCACAAAGGGCUCAACUACUUUCAAGGAAGCAUAUAAACUCACAGGACGCAAACUCAAUAUUUCAACGAUCCCCGCUGAACCUUAUUCACCUGUUAUUUUGUGCAACACUGUCACUUCGCCAGACUGUAUCAUUUGGUCAUCACUUUUGGCCACCUCAGCCGUUCCUUAUAUUCUCAAUCCUGUAGUUCUCAUGAUGAAGGAUAGAAGGACAGACCGCGCUGUUCCAUUUAGUUUGGGAAACAAGUGGCGCGACGGAUCUCUUCGUACAGAUAUCCCUGUCGACGCUUUGAACACAUACUACAAUGUCAACUUUUCAAUUGUAUCGCAGGUCAAUCCCCAUAUUUCUUUGUUCUUCUAUGCGCCAAAAGGAACCGUGGGGCGGCCCGUAGCAGCUGCUCGGAGAAAAAUACGCAAACAUGAAUUUGCUUCGUUAAGAGGUGGGUUUGUGGCUACCGCUUUAGAACACUUGAUUAAGCUUGAAAUCAAAAAGUGGUUGCAGGUCAUUAAACUUUUGGAUCUCUUACCUCGUUGGCUGGCUCAAGAUUGGCUGAGCGUCUUUUUGCAAAAGUUCACUGGUACAAUAACUAUUUGGCCACGUAAUCGAUUCAAAGAUUUCUUGUAUAUUCUUCUGGACCCCAAUGAAGAGCGGAUGGCGGAGUAUCUUGAGAAAGGACAGCGCAGUGUUUUUCCUAAGAUCCUGUUCAUAAAGCAUAGACUCAGCAUAGAACGUGCGAUUGAUAGAGGUCGCGAGAUAAGCAAGAAAGAAACAAAGAUGGACGCUUUCUCAGCAACGAAUGCUGCCAUCAAGUCCUUGGAGCUGACACCAUCACCUGUUUUAUCGGAUGAGACAAUGGCACCAAUCAUUGGAAGCAUUGACAGAAUCAACGAUAUACUCGCUGACAGUUCGGAAUCUUCCGAUGAUGGUGAUUUUGGCCGGUUUUCGGACCAGUCAAUCGACCGAGGGCUCAUCGUCAGCACAGAUGAUGUUGACUCUGAAGGCAGUGACCAAGAAGAGUCUGACUAUGAGGGCAAGCCGCGCAGAAACACUAUUUUUUAA